AUGUCAAAAUCAAAAUUAAAAGCCAAAUCAAAUCCUGACCACAUAGAUACUCUAUCAUCUUUCCACUCUCUAUCCUCAGGAGUCGAAAGCCUCCCCCAUUCUUCUGGAAUUGGCAGUCUUCCAGAAACCUUACCUUCAGACAGCCCUCCGUCCGCAUCACAAGAAUUUGCCACCUUCGCCGAAUCACUAUCUGUCUUCAAGGCAUCAGCAAGAGCGCGAAACAGAGCCGAGAGUAAAGAUCUCGAGUUCUCGGCUGACUUGGCUUUGGCGCAUCAAAUCUGCGCAUUUGAACAACUCUUCCACCAAGCGUUGGCAGCCUUUCAUGGGACGAAGCGACCCGCUAUGCGCUCUAGUUUUCGGGAGAAGAUCGACAGAAGCUCGGUGAAGGGAGUGAAGAGGGAGCUUAAAGGGAUUAAAGGUAUUGAGAAGGAGGAUAAUAUCCACUAUUUGGUAGGAUUGCUUGAGAAGAUCACCGACUCUCAGAGAAAGGCUGAAGACAAUAUGAUCGACGAGAGACUGUUGACAUUGAUUCAAGACAAUUUCAUCAACGCACUCCUGAAUCGACAAAUUGAGCUCCGUACUUGUCGAAACCUCCCUGAUAAUCAAGUUGGACUUUUCAGAAGGCACACGACCACUACUAAGGUCACAGCCAAGAAGAGAUCGAAAGGUCGAAAGGACAAAAGUGCAUUACAGUUCGGCAAGAUGGACAUGACAGGUAUUGAAUACCUUAUUUUGACACUUCCUACUUCUGAAAUACAAGAUAUAAAAGACGCGGAGGAGAAGGGGUUUCAUCCCGGGCUGUGUUUCAAACGACUAAGGCAUGGGAAAGUAACGGUGAUGAUGAAUUUAGGUUUCGGUCGGUCUGUCAAUCACGCUUGCAUCUGCAACGUUGAUUGGGAUAUGCCGGAUAAUGAGCUAUACAAGCUUAUCGAUGCAGCUGAUGGUGGCAUAGCCACGCAGGAGUUCGAGUUCGUGCAAACCUCAUCGAUCAGACCAGGAGAAGAGAUCUUAGCUUAUUAUAGUGAAUUCUUUGCUAAACACUUUUGUACCUGCCGAUGGGGAGACAAGGAAGACCAUGAUUAUUCCAGUAGUUCAUCCGAACAUGAUUCCUCGCCAGAUUACACCGAUAAGAAGAGUAACAAGAAAAAACGAUAUACGAAAAAGAAAUCGACUACACUUUCUAGAAUGAAGGCGGGACCGUCCGACCUCACUGAGAAACCGCUCAAGCGAAAUAGUACGGAGAAUAUGUCAAUAUCAGAAAAUUCCGACGCGACAAUUUAUGGAGCUGAAUCGACUAUCAGAGCUUCCACUGAAUGUGGUUACUUGGAAAAAGAUAGAGCAAAAGGAUCACCUCGCACUCCUGAGGUUAACGCAUACUCGGACGAGAUUUCACCUCCAACUUUCCUCCCUUACCGUCCCAAGAAUCUCAAAUCUUCUCACGUUCCACCGACCGGAUUACCUGAAGGGAAACCCAAGGACAUGGCACACUUCCAUACUUCUCCCCAGCACGUUGGUGACACUCCAACAUCCCUCCCUUGGGGAUUUACCGAUGCCGAUCCAGAAGAACGUAUCAUAGGGCUUAGCGCCGCGACAUCAAAUUUGGCUGGAGACACUCAAGACAAGAGAUAUGAUGAGCUAGAUAGGGCCACUUCGAACCUAACUUCCCUCCCAUGGACACCGGUAUCCACUUCCAGAUCAAAGACUCCAAAUCCCGUCACAGCCUAUCGAAAUACUAUGGUCCCAGCUCCUCUUGGGCAACAAGCUACCAAGAGCAGUCGAAGUGGCGGAAGCCGGAAAGAUCGUGCUCGUAGAAUUUGA